UGAGCAGUGGAGAAACUGUCUUCAGAAGUUAGCUGCGUAUGAGGAAGAUCUGGAAGAUCAACCCAGGGAUCCCUCCGCCAACUGAAAUCAGGAUGUGGAGCACACCUGAGUGUUAACGUGGUUCCUGCCUUGCGCCUGCCUCAUAGGGAAAAUACUGAAGGAGCAAACAAUUCACUUUUCCUUGGACUUGCUAUCUGAGCCCUGAAGAAACAUUGUUCUUAUACCAUGGGAAGUGGCGCCUCAACCCACCACCAUUUUGCUUUCCAGAAUGCAGAAAAAGCCUUCAAGGCAGCGGUCCUGAUCCAGAGAUGGUACCGGCGCUACAUGGCGCGCCUGGAGAUGAGGCGGCAGUGCACCUGGAGCAUCUUCCAGUCCAUGGAGUACGCUGGGCAGCAAGACCAGGUCAAGCUCCACGAUUUCUUCAGCUACCUUGUGGACCACUUCACCCCCAGCAGUCACAGUGAGAGGGACUUCCUGAACCGCAUGUUUACUGAGGAGAGAGUUCCACGGGACUCCGAGGUAGAGAAAUGCAGCGACUAUGAAUCCAUAGAGGUGCCAGACAAUUACACGGGGCCACACCUCUCCUUCCCACUCCUUCCUGACCACGCAACUGCCCUGGUGGAAGCUUUCAGACUGAAACAACAGCUACAUGCUCGCUAUGUCUUGAAUCUUUUGCAUGAAACCAGAAAACAUCUGGUACAGCUGCCAAACAUCAGUCGGGUCUCCACCUGUUACAGUGAGGAGAUCACAGUGUGUGGAGAUUUACAUGGUCAGUUGGAUGACUUAAUAUUCAUAUUUUAUAAGAAUGGCCUCCCAUCCCCAGAGCGAGCCUAUGUGUUCAACGGUGAUUUUGUGGAUCGAGGCAAGGAUUCGGUAGAGAUCUUGAUGGUCCUUUUUGCCUUCAUGUUGGUUUACCCCAAAGAGUUCCAUCUUAACCGAGGAAACCAUGAGGACCACAUGGUGAACUUACGAUAUGGCUUCACCACGGAAGUGAUGCAAAAAUAUAAGACGCACGGCAAGAAAAUACUACAAAGACUGCAAGAUGUUUUCUGUUGGCUUCCACUGGCCACUCUGGUGGAUGAGAAAGUCCUGAUUCUUCACGGUGGUGUGUCAGACAUGACUGACCUAGAGCUUUUGUCUAAACUUGACAGGCACAAGAUUGUUUCUACCUUGAGGUGCAAAACAAGAAAAGAGAAGGAGAAGCAAGCGGAGGAGAAAGGAAAAGCCAAGCAGACGAGCUCUGCAGGGAGCCUCUCCCCAUGGUUUCUCCCCCAAAGCCGCUCUCUCCCCUCUUCGCCCCUUCAUCUCAGCUCCCACAAGACCCACAAAACUGGACGCUCCUCUAGCGUCCCCUCCAGCAUCCUCCUGGACCCCAGAGGGCUCUCCCGGCAGGCGAGGCGCUCCGUGGACCUGGAGCUGGAGAGGUGCCGGCAGCAAGCAGGCUUCCCGGUGAUCAAGGAGAAGGAGGAGCCCUGGGUCUUCAACCCAGAAGCUGACUCUGCAGCUGGGGACCUGCUGGAGCCCUCUCAGGAGGAGUGGAGGCAGGUUGUGGAUAUUCUGUGGAGUGAUCCCAUGGCUCAGGAGGGCUGCAAGGCCAACACUGUUCGAGGAGGAGGCUGCUAUUUCGGGCCAAAUGUGACCAAACGGCUGCUACAGAAAUACGACCUGCAGCUCCUGAUCCGCUCACACGAGUGCAAACCCGAAGGCUAUGAAUUCUGCCACAGCCGCAAGGUGUUAACCAUCUUUUCUGCUUCCAACUACUAUGCAGUUGGCAGUAACAGAGGGGCCUAUGUCAAACUGGGGCCAGCCCUGACCCCACACAUCGUGCAGUAUCAAGCUAACAAGGCGACCCACAUGCUGACCAUGAGGCAAAGGAUUAGCAGAGUGGAGGAGUCAGCUCUAAGAGCUCUGCGGGGAAAGUUAUUUGCUCAUUCCUCAGAUCUUCUUGAGGAAUUUAAGAAGCGUGAUAAUGGUAACACUGGUUUAAUCACCCUGAGUGACUGGGCAGCAGCUGUGGAGUCUGUGUUGCAUCUAGGACUGCCAUGGCGGAUGCUGAGGCCACAGCUGGUAAACAGCUCCACAGGUAACAUGCUGGAGUACAAGUCCUGGCUGGAGGACUUGGCCAAAGAACAACUGAGUCACGAGAACAUACAGUCGAGUUUGCUGGAAACACUGUAUCGCAACCGAUCUAACCUGGAGACCAUUUUUAGGAUCAUAGACAGUGAUCAUUCAGGGUUCAUCUCCCUGGACGAGUUCAGGCAGACUUGGAAGCUGUUCAGCUCCCAUAUGAAGAUGGACAUCACAGACGACGGCAUCUGUGACCUUGCCCGGAGCAUUGACUUCAACAAGGACGGCCACAUCGACAUCAAUGAGUUCCUGGAGGCCGUCCGCCUCGUGGAGCAGUCCUGCUCAGAGGGAAAUGCCUCAGAUUGCCCACAAGCCAGCAACGCGAAGGGCAGUGGCUCCUGGCCUCCCACUGAAGACAGCCUGGUCUCUGUUACCCAAGUUGCCUCAUAAGCGAUGCCAAGCGAUAUCACUGGAAUAGCUUCCUUAUUCUCCAUACAUUUGUGAAACUUUAUGCUGAGAAUUUGCCAACCGGCAUACAUCAGAAUCACCUUUGUAUUUGUGGGUGCAGGGUGGUGUGUGCGCGUGUGUGUUGUGCUUUUAAAUAUAUAGGUGACGUAGCCUGUGUAUUUAGAAUUUUCACAAGGUGGGACCCAGGUAUUAGUAUCUUUAAAGUCUGAAGCCUACCCCAGUUAUGAGUCACUGAUAAUUCAACUCCCUCACCGUUUCCAUUUUCACCUUUUAUUACUUUUAAAAUGUCAUGUUGGUAAAGGAAAGUCAUGAAAAAUUAUUUAUGUAAUCCCAUGACCUAAACAUAUGGAUUCUUUUUAUUACUUUUUCUUAUUAUAAUUAUAAUAUUACAUAAUUUAAUGUUCUGAUUUUUUAAAAAUAAAUCCACACCUAAUUAUAAGUACUUUCCUAUGUUACUACAUAGUCCUCAUGAUUACUAGUUUAAUGGCUGCAUAAUUUUCUUUCAAAUGGAUGCACUAUAGUCUAGUCAGCCAUUCUUCAAUUGUCCAACAUGUGUAUUGUUUCAGCUUUCUUUUAUUAUAAGUAACACUGUGGUUAAUAAUUUUAUGCACAUAGCUUCUUCUACAAAAAUCUUUUAAAUUAUACAUUUUCUUAGGAUCAAAUUCCAGGAAUGGGGUUACUUUAUCAAAGGGUGUUGUAUUUGUCUAUAAAGAGAUUUACUAUUUAAAAAUUGGCCCCUAUGGCUAUGAGUCUGAGAAGCCCCAAGAUCUGCAGUUAGCAAGCUGGAGACCCGGGAGAGCUGAUGGUGUGUUCCCAGUCUGAGUCCACAUCCAAAGACAGAAGAAGACAACGUCCCAGCUCAAAGACCGUCAGGCAGAGAGAAUUCUUUCUUAGCCUUUUUGUGCUGUUCAGACCUUCAAGGAGUUAUAUGAGGCCUUUACUCAUUUUACCAAUUCAAAUGUUACUCUCAUCCAGAAACACCCUCACACGUGUACCCAGAAAUAAUGUUUAACCAAUAUCUGGGCACCCCAUGAUCACGUUGACAUCUGAAAUUAAGCAUCACAGGUGUGAAUAUUUUUAUGGCAGUUUGCUUUUCAGAACUCAGCACACCAGUUUCACCAUAAAUUCACAUGUUUUGGGUGUGAUCAUAAGCUCCCCCAAUCAGUUCCCCUUAGGAUCUUCCCUAUCUGAUUAAUGUCAAUUUCAUUCUGCCAGUUUCCUUAUUUUUAAACAGAAAACAGAAGCUUGACUUCUCUCUUUUCCGUAUUUCCCGUAUCUAAUCCAUCAGCAGAUUUGUCGGCUCUACCUUCGAAACACCUACAGAAUUUAACAUCUUCCUUUUUGUCCUUUGCUAACUCUCUAGUCUGAGCCAUAUUACCUCCCCACUUCCUCCUUUACCUAUAUAGCAGGAUCAUCAAACUUUUUGAUCGCAAGAUGCUUUUAUACUCUUCAAACUUAUUGAGGAUCCCAAAGAGCUUUUGCUUAUGUGGGUUAUAUCUGUUCAUAUGUUCUAUAUUAGAAAUUGAAACAAAAUAUAUAAGAUACUUAUUAAUCAAGUUAAAAUAAUGUAUCUAUCACAUAUUAACAUAACAUUUUUAAACUUUGUUUGAAAUAAUUAUAGAUUCAUAAGAAAUUGAAAGAUAAUACAGAGAUCUCAUGCUCCUAUCACCCAGCUACUUCCAGUGGUGAUAUCUUACUUAACUCUACUUACCAAAACCAAGAAAUUGAUAAUAAAUAACAUAUUUUAAAGAAGAUUAACAAAAGAAAUUAGAAGA